AUGAUAGCUGCUGUAUCAAAGUGCGGUGAUACGAUAGAUAUGAUAAAUGCUUAUCCCAUUCUAAUGCUGAAGCCGAGAGAAUUUUUUGGAGAAAUACUAGAGAAAUACCAGAGAAAUACCAGAGAAAAUACUUCAGUAUUAAUGGCAUGUAGCGCUGCAAGUGAAAAAGGACCCCCAUUAAUUAUCUACAAAGGUAAAAAAAUAUGGGAUAAAUGGAUUGGUAGUGAAUCUUUGUUUCCUGGUACAACUUAUGCUGCCACAAAUAAUGGUUGGAUGGAGAAAGAAGUUUUCACUAAUUAUUUUUAA